AUGGAUUAUUUUUCUAAAUUCUUGAGAACUGUGCCACAGCCUGCAACGUCUGUUGAGGUAGACCAUGCGCACGAGUUUCACAAGUCAUGGAUUGCCAUCAAGGACACUUUGCUAAUGCCCGAUGAGAGGCAACUGAGCAAGGGAAUAAUGGCCACAGACGUCCCAGACUUACUGAAAUCCAUGGUGCAAUCUUUGAUUUCAGAGUCGACGACAACUGAAAUUGGAGGCACUGGCGCGUGUAUGGAAUAUCUCUUGAAGAAUGAUGUCCUGGGGACGCUGGUCCGUCUCAGUGAAGCCGACCGUCCGGCAGGAAUCCAGGCUCAGGUCUUGAGUGCAGUGUCAAACAUGGUCGUUUUUCUCGAUGAGCAAUUUCUGGUUCACUCAGCGGUACACAAAGCUGUUUUACGAUUACUUAGAAGCUGUGUUGGGGAUGAUAUACAAGAACAACUGGACGGGCGAAACAAGCUUAUGGGAGCCGCUCGAAAUGUCGUUCGCGCUGAGCCUUCAGAGUACGAGACAGACUUGGUGAGAUUACUAUGCAUCUUGUGCAAUCGUAUCAGUUCCUAUCGAGAAUUGUUGAUGAUAUUCUUCCACGACAAACACUGGUACCAUUCUGAGCCGUUGUUCUCAGUGGAAGAAGGUGACGAAUACGAAGACGAUGAAUAUGAUGACGAAGAGGAAGAGGAAGAAGACCCUGAUGCCACUUUGAAAGGCAUCAAGCUGGAACAAGCUGCAGGCAGCGACGAAGUUCGGCCACCAUCACCUAAUUCAUCCCAGGCUACGAUAACCACCCAUCAAAAGGUCGAUGGCAAAACUCCUGAAUAUGAAUUCCUUCUCUUCAACUACCUGCUCCGCUUCGUGCAUAGAGAAGGUGACAUAGGUUAUUUCGCUCGUUCGGGCUUGGCGCUUCUGGUGGAAGUUGCAAUGUCUCCUGGAAAAAUGAGCAAUAAUUCGACAGUGGACCAAACUCCUUCAACUUCGGACCCAGUUAAUGAUGCAGCUUUGGCACUUGCUGAAUACAUCCUCGAUGGAGACUUUUCUGAUGUGCUGGGUGCGGGUCUGAAUGCAGUUUAUUCUCUUUUGCCAUCGAAGCUGGGAUUCUUUCCCCAUAUCUCAUCCGGGGGGUCCAAUAACACGAUGACAAUUGGCGGUCAAACUAUGGCGGACGAAGACGAGAAAGAGAGGGCCUUGAUUCUGAUUGACAAGAACCGAGCCAUGGGCAUUGAAGAUGCUGGUAGCCCCGAGUUCGCAGCGAAAAUCGACCAUUUCCUCACACAUUUGGUGUUUUUGCAAAAUAUCCUGAAGAGAAAUGGAGAAAAUAACAGUGUUGAUCCCUCAUCACUUGUGGGCACAGCUAUCGUGCAAUCUAUCCUCGACGCAGUCCGACGGAUUUUCCUUGAAAAUGUCUUUUACCCAUCUAUACUGGAAUGCUCUGAUGCAGACGGUAGUGCAGUGGCAGUCAUGUCAUACAUUGACAUUAUGAUAAGAACUCUUCAAGAAGGCCCACUUGUCAAUCUCCUCGUUGACUUCCUGGUAUCAGAAGACAGCACUGACCCACAAAUUAGGCAGCGGAUCCCAGCGAAUGUUAAGAAUCGCGACAUGCCUCCAAAUUCUUCAGACGACAAGCGUGCAAAGCAUCGAAGACGGCAAAGUAGUGCAAUGUUACUGUUGGAAAUGGAAGCACCGGAAUCCCGAAAAGAAACGGAUUACUUCACUUCAAUGGGUCGAUAUACACUCAAAGAUCUUUUGAUUGCUAAUCUGCGCUCCAAGUCUCAACCCACAGCGACCUCUGCCCUUCAACUACUACACACUUUGCUGAAGUAUCAUCCACAGGUAGCGAUAGAGAAAAUCCUUCUUGUUAUUCCGGAUUCCUUUGCCACAGUGUUCCCUCAUCCCGCUAUUGUUGGAUCCUUACGGCCAAAGGUUGUGGAUACCUCCAUCACAGAACAGGACGAGGAUGAAGAAUUCCGCUAUCCCGGAGCUGAAGAUUCAAAAGAUGCUUCUCACGAUAGUUCGAUCUUUUCACAGCCAGCAACGACCUACUCAACACAUGAACGUGAAAUGGGACUUUACCUUGCUCUCGUAUCUCGAAUCGAUCCAUCACACAACCGUGACAGCGACGGUUUUAGCACUGGCUAUGAUCAUUAUCUUCACGAUGCCCUAAUGACUAUACAGAGUCAACCAGACUACUGGAGGGCUUUAGAGAAUGAGGACAACGCGGCGCCCAGAUUCAAGCACCGCCUCAACGUAAACGAUCCCAUUCUUUCGCUUUUAUUGGAAUCUCUCACUACUUUCUUUUCAAAUUCCCCUGACUUUAAUGUUGGCUUGACUGGCGUACUGGCAACAUUGGCAAUACACCCGGAUCGGUCAAUGUCUGGAUGGAUAUUAUUCGCGUCUAAUGAAGACCCAUUUGCUUCACCUAAGCCACGCUACAGUCGUGACACCCUAUACGAUGAUGGAGACGAUCGUUCAAUUGACUUCGAAAUCGAAGAAAAGUUGGCUAAUGACACGAACUACCUUCCAGCUGCCAGUAUGGAUGAAAAGUCAAAACCUGUCAUAUACACAAUUUUGCAAGGUUUAGUCAACCAGUUAGAAAGAUACCGUCAAACGGUAGAAAAUUUUGACAAGUAUCUGUUGGAAAGACGACAGGGCCUUUUGUUCUCCGAAAAUCUGAGCGACGCACUGAACCUAGAGUUGAACAUUGUAGAGGAGCGAAAGUCGGUCAAGUCAGUAGAAGAAUCCCCCGCAAAGUCAAAACCGAAACCCAAAUCAACAGCAACUUCUUCUUUUGUUUCCUUCCUCACUCCCAAGAAGGCUAAAGUGGCUAAAGCUGCCCCUCAAACCGAACCUACGACACCCCCUCAACAAGCAGUAAGAAAGACUGUCUCGGCGAGCCCGUUCGGAAGCCAUUAUCAUCACACUGGGUCAGUAAAGGUAGAGCCUUACAUUGCUCCAGUACCAUCCAACGGUCUCUGGACGCCAGCAAAAUCCCAAAAAUGGACGAUUCCGGAAGACGAUGUCUUCGGUUCAGGGUGGAAUGAGAGACCUCCUAAGGACUACGAUAAUGAUGAAAAGGUAGCGGCACCUGCACCAAAACUCGAACCUAUCACUCUGUCACAACUAUUGGACAACGUUGUGAUUCUGGAAGAAAGUAUAAAGGAGUUGGUGGCCAUUAUUCAUGCCAGACGAAGCCUUGGGAUAGAUUCUUUACGCUAUCUAUAA